UUCGCGAGCCCUACGCCCUAGCCCCUUUUUAACUUCAGUCAUCCAAUUCACGCUGAAAUUCUCACUUUGGACGAAGAGGGUUUUCUCGCUGAAAUCACUUGAUAUCAACUCAUCUUCCCCGCGUACCAAAUCCCUCAAUCCUCUUCAGUAACCAUGGAUUCUUUGCAACCGAAUCCUCCUCGUCCAUCUUUCCAAACCCUAGCUUCCCAACCUCCGCACUUUACCUCGGAGAAUCCAUACUUUUCUUCAGAAACCCUAGCUUCUUACGAUCAAAGUCAAGUCCCGCAUCCCCCUCCAGAAACCCUUGCUGCUUAUGAUCAAAAUCCCCCGCCCCCUCCAGAAACCCUAUCUUCGUUCGAUCAGAAUCCACCACCACCGCCGGAUUCAUUUUCAUACGAUCAAAUUCCGGUGCCGCCUUCAGAAGCUCAACAUUCGAAUGACCAAAAUCAUGGGUUUUCUUCCGAAACAAUCGCUUCAAAUUAUCCUUCGGUGGAGAAUACCGAAACCGGGGAUCGUGAUGCGCCAGAAAGGACACCGGCUAAUGACAACGAUCAAGAAACGAGUGCUCAGAUCCCAAAACCAGAGAUCCAGAAACCGCUAUGGUCUGAUAAUGGUGUCAACAACACCCAUAGCGGCACCGACAAGGACUAUUCUGGUGGGGAAGAGGAGACAACUAGUAGACGGAGGCGCCGCAGUAGGUGGGAUCCCCCGUCGGAAUCUGACAACCAGAAAGGUGAUGCUGGUACUGGCACCCGGAAGAGAAAAUCCCGAUGGUCCGAAGAAGAACCAAAACCUUUCCAACUGCCUGACUUCAUGAAAGAUUUAACAGGAGGUAUUGAACUUGAUCCCGAAAUUCAAGCUCUUAAUAUUAGGCUUCUUGAGAUAAAUCGGAUGCUACAAUCGGGUCUACCUUUGGAUGACCGCCCUGAAGGCGCUCGUUCGCCUUCCCCUGAGCCCAUAUAUGAUAACAUGGGGAUUCGUAUAAAUACUCGAGAAUAUCGUGCCCGUGAAAGACUGACUCGGGAAAGACAGGAAAUUAUCUCACAAAUGAUCAAAAGGAACCCUGCCUUUAAACCGCCAGCGGACUACCGGCCUCCUAAGCUUCAGAAGAAGCUUUACAUACCCAUGAAAGAAUACCCAGGUUACAAUUUUAUAGGGCUUAUAAUUGGGCCAAGAGGAAACACACAGAAAAGAAUGGAGAAGGAAACAGGUGCAAAAAUUGUAAUUCGGGGUAAGGGAUCUGUUAAAGAGGGUAGGUUGCAACAGAAGCGUGAUUUGAAACCCGAUCCUUCAGAAAAUGAGGAUUUACAUGUUUUGGUAGAAGCCGAUACACAAGAAGCACUUGAUGCUGCUGCAAGUAUGGUGGAGAAGCUCUUACAGCCAGUUGACGAAGGACUGAAUGAGCACAAACGGCAACAACUUAGGGAACUCGCCGCUUUGAAUGGAACAAUUAGAGAUGAUGAAUACUGUAGGUUGUGUGGUGAGCCUGGUCACCGUCAAUAUGCUUGCCCUGCUCGUACUUCAACUUUUAAGAGUGACGUUCUCUGUAAAAUAUGUGGUGAUGGAGGCCACCCCACUAUUGAUUGCCCAAUGAAAGGUACAGCAGGGAAGAAAAUGGAUGACGAGUAUCAGAAUUUCUUGGCUGAAUUAGGAGGGACUGCUCCUGAUUCUCUUACCAAGCCAAACUCGUCAGUGCCACUUCUUGGUUCCAGCACUUCGGGAAGCAAUCCUCCUUGGGCCAGUGGUAACAAUUCUGGUGGUGUUGGGAAUACGUCACAUCCAGGUUUGGGAUUGAAUGGGGCUAAGGCUGUAAAGGAAUAUGAUGAUACAAAUUUGUACAUAGGGUACUUGCCACCCACUCUUGAUGAUGAUGGUCUGAUUCGACUGUUUUCACCUUUUGGUGAUAUUGUAAUGGCUAAGGUAAUAAAGGAUCGGGUUACUGGUUUGAGCAAAGGUUAUGGCUUUGUGAAGUACUCUGAUGUUACUCAGGCUAAUCAAGCUAUAGCUAGCAUGAAUGGCUACCGUCUAGAGGGGAGAGUAAUAGCUGUAAGAGUUGCAGGUAAACCACCUCAGCCUGCGGUGCCUCCAGGGCCUCCUGCUUCUACAAUGCCCACUUACCCUGGCUCAGACCAGGCUACUGGUGGAUAUCCUUCUCAGCAAUUUACACCAGGUGGGCCUCUUGGUAAUACUCCACCUGGGGGUUACAUGAGUGCUCCAGUUCCAUGGGGACCGCCUGUUCUCCCUCCCUAUGCUCCUUAUGCUCCACCCCCUCCUGGUUCAAGUAUGUUCACUCCUAUCCAAGGUCAACCAAUGCCUCAUUAUGGUGUACAAUAUCCCCCAUCAGUACAGACAGUCCCUCCGGGUGCCCCUUCUCAAAGCAUGCCAUCUAGUGAGGGACAACAAAGUUUUCCCCCUGGUGUGCAGUCUCAAAACAAUACAUCUGCACAACCUGCAUCCAAUAACAUGUAUGGGAAUUCGUUAGCUGGAGUUCCACCAAAUGUUCAACCUCCAUAUCCACCAUCUUCGUUGAGUUACUCAUCCUAUUAUACUGCGGUCCCUCCUCCUGCAUCUCAUUCAACAGUGGACCAGAGUGUGGGAAGUGUCCCUUGGGCCCUCAAUCCAGUGCCUCCUCCACCUGUUUCAUCUGCAGAACAGACAACAUAUGGCACAGACUCAGAAUAUGAAAAAUUCAUGGCAGAGAUGAAAUAAAGUGGCAGUUUCACAUUCUGUUCCAGGUCGCAAAGGCUUGAGGUUUCUUGGAGCUCUUCUCAACCUGAUUUCUUACCUGUUGCUCUGACUUCAACUUGUUGGAAGUUUGGGACUCACAUCUUUAACCUUGCUGUACUGUUAUGACAAUUGCAGAGAUUUCUGGGCCGAAUGUUCACUUCAUUUGAUGUCAUAUAGGAGAAGCUGUGGCUGGAUGUUUUCAGUAGCAUGAGGGGACUGCCAUUAAAUAUGCUAAUGUUUUUUUCUUAGUUUUAUCUGAACUUUCAUAAUGAUCUAUACUAACGGUUUUGUUUUGUUAUAUUUCAUUUGAGAUAACUUUGUUCAUCAUUUUCGUGUUGGUUAAAUACUUCAAUGGUUUGUUUUAAUGAAUGCUUUAAUUGGUAACACUUGUUUCCGAUGUGAGGAUUUUAGUUACCAUUGGUUACAAUGCUACUUGAAGCUGCCUGAUGCAUGGCCCCUUCAUCUCCAGAGCAGGUGAUCCAUUUCUUAAUAUACUGCAUCCAUGUAUUGGGUAUGUGCCAGAUAAUUUGCAUAUUGUUAUGAUGUUUUACAUAUGCCUUAUUUUUCUGCUUAUUUUUGCUAUAUUAGCCUGAUGCGCCUUUCUAGUUCUUACGUGACAGGUCAGGGGUUGUCCAUAUUGGUAUCUGUGGAUCUCUUUCAGCGUCAAUGUUUGGAGUUACAUUUAUGUAUGCAAUUCACAUUCCCUGUUUUUCUUUCCUUGGAGGGGUUGCUAUCUGUCAAGAAUGUACCGAUAAACCAUGACCAGAUCAUUAGAUACCCUUCCUAGAUACUAUUACAUACCCUUCCUAUGUGCUAUCUAGCACCUAGAUAAGUUGAGGUAGCUUUUCCAAUCCAUAGGGAGAAGGAGAAAGAGUGAAAAAAGUUAACACAGCCUUCUUCCUUUCCCCCUUAACUCUUCACUUCUCAUCCAUCGAUUUCUCCUUCUUAAGGACCCUUGUGGGAUGUAUUUUCUGGGGAAAUUUUCUUCUAAGACAAAGGUAAGGAACAUUGAGAGUGAAACUUAUAUGGGCCAAUAUUGUUAUUCAACUCAGGGAAUUAAUUCUCUUGCUA